ACAUGUUAAAAGAUAAAUUUGGUAUACAUGUACAUGUCUUUCGACUUUAGGGGUUUCGAAUCGCCUCAGUGUUACACAUUUUUUGUACAAAAUCGUGUAAUUACCCUGUGCGACAUAGAAAAAGGUGGAAAUCAUCUUUGCAGUUUGGGCCCAGCUUGUGUUGUCGACAUUGCAAAUCUCUGCACAGCAGCAUCAUGAGCGAGUUAAAGGACUGCCCCCCACUGAAGUACUAUGACUUCAAGCCAGUUGAGCAUGUGAAGGUGUGUCCCCGCUACACUGCUGUCCUCGGCCGCUCAGAAGACGAUGGCAUCGGCAUCGAGGAGCUCGACACUCUGCAGCUGGAGCUGGAGACACUUCUGUCCUCAGCCAGCCGCCGGCUCCGAGCCCUGGAGGAGCAGAGACAGAUCCUCACAGACUGGCAGGACAAGAAGGGAGACAAGCGUUUCCUGAAGCUAGGAAAAGACCCAGACCCCGCUGCCUCCUCCCGCCACAAACCAAAGAAGCAGAAGUUGGAAGGCAAAGGCAGUCAUGGGCCGGGUCCAGGACCUGGCAGACCCAAAUCCAAAAAUCUGCAGCCUAAAGUUCAAGAAUAUGAGUUUACAGAUGACCCUCAAGACAUUCCUCGCACUCCUAAGAAUGAUGCACCCAACAGAUUUUGGGCAUCGGUCGAGCCGUAUUGUGCGGACAUCACAAAUGAAGAGAUACGAUUGCUAGAAGAGCUUCUGAAACCCCCAGAUGAUGAAGCGGAGUAUUUCAAAAUACCAGCACUGGGUAAACACUACUCUCAGCGGUGGGCUCAGGAAGAUCUGCUGGAGGAGCAGAGGGAAGGAGCACGAGCCAACGACAAGAAGAAGAGCCUCAUGGGGGGGCCGCUGUCUGAACUGGAUGCAAAAGAUGUGGAUUCUUUGUUGAAGAAGUCAGAGUCCCAACAUGAGUCCCCAGAAGAUGGAUGUCCCUUUGGUCCCCUCACACAGCGACUGCUCCAGGCUCUUGUCGAGGAGAAUAUUAUAUCCCCCAUGGAGGAUUCUCCUAUCCCCGACAUUGCAGGGAAGGAUGCUAAUGAUGGUGCUGGUACUUCUCCUCGAAGCCAGGGAAAAGCUUUUAGUGUCCCUCACACGCGCUCUCUGGAGGCGAGGAUCAAGGAGGAGCUUGUGGCUCAGGGGCUGCUGGACUCUGAGGAGCGUCCUGGACCAGGAGGAGACUCGGAGGAUGAGGUCCUGGCAGAGCUGCAGAAGAGACAAGCAGAGCUCAAAGCCUUGAGUGCUCACAACAGAGCCCGUAAACAGGAGCUGCUCCGGUUGGCCAAAGAGGAGAUGCGUAAGCAGGAGCUCCGGCAGAGAGUCAGGGUGUCUGACAACGAGGUCAUGGAGGGAUUUCGACGAAUCAUGGCAGCCAGGCAGAAGAAACGCACACCAACAAAGAAGGAGAAGGACCAGGCCUGGAAAGCUCUGAAGGAGAGGGAGAGCAUCCUCAAGCUCCUCGAUGGAUAGGGAGAAAAACUGUUUUUGUCUCGUUUAUUUCCAGAAGAAACACUGAAAAAAGGCACACGAUGACACAGAUAUGGACAGUUGUGACAGCUGUUACAUGGUCAGUGAACAGCUGUAUCUAUGAGGAUGUAUGAUUCAGUUUAAAGCAGCUUGAUUUGAGUAGAUGUUUCUGUAGUAGUUUUUAUGUUGUGUACAGCAGGAUGCUCAUUUGAUCAGCAGUGUUCAGAAAGCAUCUGAUUUUUCUCCUUUUGUUGAUUUUUUUUCUCUUUGUUUUUUAAAUAUUUUUUCGUAUGUUAACUAUUGUAAUGUGAAGAAAACAGUACGCAUGGAUUAAUAAAUCAGUGCCCCUCAA